AUGGGGCUUGUUGCGGCUGCUACGGGGCGGCGCCUGGCCCUGACCAGGGCGCAGUGGCCAGCAGCAUUCCAGACAGGUUUUCACUUCACUGGUGAUGGGUACGAGAGGGCAUCUGCUGAAGUGUCAGAUUCUAUUUCUGCUCAGUAUCCAGUAGUUGAUGAUGAAUUUGAUGCAGUGGUAGUGGGUGCUGGAGGGGCAGGCUUGCGUGCUGCAUUUGGCCUUUCUGAGGCAGGGUUCAAUAUGGCAUGUGUUACCAAGCUCUUUCCUACCAGGUCACACACUGUCUCAGCACAGGGAGGAAUCAAUGCUGCUCUGGGAAACAUGUAAGAGGAUAACUGGAGGUGGCAUUUCUAUGACACUGUGAAGGGUUCUGACUGGCUGGGGGACCAGGACGCCAUUCACUACAUGACAGAGCAAGCCCCUGCUGCUGUGGUAGAGCUAGAAAAUUAUGAUAUGCCCUUUAGCAGAACUCAAGAUGGGAGGAUUUAUCAGCGUGCAUUUGGUGGAAAGAGCCUCAAGUUUGGAAAGGACAGGCAGGCCCAUCGGCGCUGCUGUGUGGCUGAUUGGACUGGGCACUCGCUGUUGCACACUUUGUAUGGAAGGUCUCUGCGAUAUGACACCAGCUAUUUUGUAGAGUAUUUUGCCUUGGAUCUCCUGAUGGAAAAUGGGGAACGUUGUGGUGUUACUGCACUGAGCAUAGAGGAUGGGUCCAUACAUCGCAUAAGAGCAAGGAAUACUGUUGUUGCUCCUGGGUAGGAAUCUAAU